AUGUUUAUCGUUUAUCGUAUGCGGAAGAAAGAUGAAGGUAGCUAUGCUUUGGAUGAACCUAAACAACCUCCACAUUAUUCAUAUGCUUAUCAAAAAGCGCCAACAAAAGAAUUUUAUGCUUAA